AUGGCCGCCCACACGAUAGUGAUAGCUCUGGUGGCUAUUGGUUACCUGCUCCUCAAGUACUUCAACAAGACCGAUGUUGCCAAAGUCAAGAAUCUCCCGGAGAUACCUGGGGUUCCCAUGUUCGGUAACCUCCUCCAGCUGGGAGACUCGCAUGCCAAACGGGCGGCCGCCUGGGUGAAGCAGUAUGGCCCGGUCUUCCAGGUUCGACUGGGCAACAGGAGAGUGAUCUUUGCCAACAGUUUCGACUCGGUCAAGUACCUGUGGAUAACGCAUCAGUCGUCCAUGAUCUCGCGCCCAAAGCUACACACAUUCCACUCCGUCGUUUCUAGCUCGCAAGGGUUCACUAUUGGAACAUCGCCAUGGGACGAGUCGUGCAAGAGACGCCGCAAAGCUGCUGCAACUGCGCUGAACCGCCCCGCAGUACAGUCUUAUAUGCCCAUCAUCGACCUAGAGUCAACCACAAGCAUCAAGGAACUGCUGGCGGACAGCAAAGACGGGGCAGUCGAUAUCGACCCCAACCCUUACUUCCAGCGUUUCGCUCUGAACACCAGCCUAACUCUCAACUACGGUAUCCGUAUUGACGGCAGCAUCGACGAUGAGCUAUUAAAGGAGAUCGUCACGGUAGAGCGUGCGGUCAGCAAUUUCAGAAGCACCAGCAACAACUGGCAGGACUAUAUUCCACUCCUACGUCUAUGGCCUACCAGCAACACCCAGUCGAUCGAAUUUAGGGAGCGCCGGGACAGGUACAUGAGCAAGUUGCUCGAGAUGCUGACAGACCGUAUAGCCAAGGGAACUGAUAAACCGUGCAUCACGGGUAACAUCAUCAAAGACCCUGAAGCAAAACUCAACGAAGCGGAGCGGAAAUCCAUUUGUUUGACCAUGGUGUCCGCUGGUCUUGACACUGUCCCCGGAAACCUGAUCAUGGGCAUCGCAUACUUGGCCUCCGAGCACGGCCAGGAGAUCCAGGCUCGUGCUUAUGAAGAAAUCAUGAAGGUCUACCCGGACGGAGAUGCGUGGGAGAAAUGCCUUGUUGAGGAGAAAGUCCCUUACAUCACAGCCCUGGUCAAAGAAGUCCUCCGCUUCUUCAUCGUGAUUCCCAUCUGCCUUCCUCGUGUCAGUAUCAAAGACAUCACCUGGAAGGACUCAGUCAUACCCGCCGGCACGACCUUUUUCAUGAACGCGUACGCCGCCAACUACGACUCCAACCACUUCAAGGAGCCCUUCGCAUUCCGACCAGAACGCUAUCUCGAUGUCUCUGAUGGGGCGGGUACACCGCACUAUGCAUAUGGCGCAGGCAGUCGUAUGUGUGCCGGCUCACAUCUCGCUAACCGGGAACUAUUCACUGCAUUCCUUCGUAUAAUCUCCGCUUUUACGAUUGUUCCCGCCAAAGACAGGGCGGACGAUCCCGUCCUCGAUCCCAUCGAGUGCACUGACAACAAGACCUCGCUCACUCUAGACCCUCGGCCGUUCAAGGUCGGGUUCAGGGUCCGUGAUCGAGCAAUGCUGGAUAAAUGGAUCCGAGAAUCGGACGAAAGAACGAAAGACUUGUAG